AUGUCUACCUGCGCUGGAAAUGAUCCGACGCUCCUGCAGAGGACCGAACACAAAAAGAUCGACGAAAAGAAUACUCCACGACGGGCCACUACUUCGAGAACCCCCUCGAGGAAUACCCCUGACGAUGAAGCUCAAAAGGCCUUUAACUCCGCCGGAAAGGGGAAUCUAUACUCUGACCUUAAGAACAAUGCUUCUCUGAACACCAAAACCAUCGCUGGUCUGGCCGAAGGCAUUGUUUCCAGAUACCCCAAGAUAGUCGUUUCCCACUUCAAAGCGACGACUACAUUCAUCCGUGCCGAGUAUACGCUGCCCAGCGAUAUCGAGCCUCCGUGCAGUGUCUUUGUUAUAGUGACGAGUUGCACAGACGCUACCACAGCCCAGGAGAAUGAUGGUGGAUUAUCUGCGCAAAUUCAAGCUAGUGUGAAGGUCACUAGAAAUGCGCACCUUGGCCAAGUCGCGCUGCAAACAGACAGCAGUGUUUUUUGGAAGGUAGGAUAUAAGAUCGCCACGUACUGUCACGAAGUUACACUCUCCGCUAACUUUCCGCUCGCCGUAGACUUCUUGGAGGGCUAUGAAUAUCCCACUUAUCGAAGACUCGACAGUCCUGUCUCAGAUUUCCUCAGGGAUGCUACCACGAGCAUGCUCCUAGCCUUUGCCACGAAGCUAGACACUCACCUGGAAGCACAUGCCGUCUCGCCUUCGAAACACGAAAUGCCGAAGACAGCAGUUGACAGGAGCAGUUUCAACGUCGAUUGUGGCGAUUCGUUCAGCGUCAAGUUAUGCGACGCCUCUAAUACUCACGAAUUCAGAUGGGCUGAAGUGCAGAAUCCGCACCUAGUCCUACAGACGGCGAACAAGGACCCGGGCACUGUCGGAGAGUAUACCUUUUGCGCCAUCAACCCCGGUAGCACGACCUUGACACUUAUCUUACAUGGCCUAGGAAACCGCAAAGAGUCUUUAGUUAUUGCGUCUGCAUGGAACAUCAGGUUGAUCAACGUCCCUGAGGCGGACAGAUUGGUCCCACGUGGCCCAACCACCGUUGAACCAGGGUUCAUGAUUCAGAUCCUCGGGGGUGUGACAAAUGUCAAUGACCUUCCAGACAUUCCCUCUCUGGAUGAGGGCGAUGCAGUGGCAUGCGAAGGCCUGUCGUGA